UAAAGUGACAGUGCAGUGAUUUAGCGAACUCUAUCCAGUAUCUCAGCGGCUACUGUCUCUUUAAGAGUCCAGUGCUCGCUCUCAAUGAACGCCGAGCAGUCAGAUGCAUGUUUCUCUCUUUUUGUGUGUAUUGUAAUGCGUGUGUGUCAAUAGGAGGUGGAUCUGGCGCACCGGGAGGCCGUUCCAGGUUCCGCGCGAGCAAUUGGCUGCUCGUGAACUUUGUUUGUCUGUGCGCCCCGAUCACGCACGCCACGCACUCGAGAUGUCUCGUGCUCUUCGGGGUCACCGGUGCGCUCGCGACCUCGUGGAAGAUUAGCGAGAUCAUCCACACACUCUGUCCGCAGUGCGCAGUGCGCAACGCGCAGCUCAGAAUCGAACCAGAGAGAGAUUAACGGUAACCGGAGAGAUGGCGGAGAAGCGGAUGUCGCGCUGGUACUUCGGUGGGAUCGCGUCGUGCGGAGCCGCCUGCUGCACGCACCCGCUGGACCUGGUCAAGUUUCACAAAGACGAUGUUUUUGUGUUUUGCUUUGGCUUCACCGGCGGCUUCAUCGGGACUCCAGCGGAUAUGGUUAACGUUCGGAUGCAGAACGAUAUGAAGCUUCCUGCAGAGCAGAGGAGAAACUAUAAACACGCGCUGGACGGACUCUUCCGGGUCUGGCGGGAAGAGGGAACCAGGAAGUUGUUCUCAGGAGCCACUAUGGCAUCCAGCAGAGGAGCCCUGGUCACUGUCGGACAGCUGGCGUGUUAUGAUCAGUCCAAGCAGCUGGUGUUGGGCACAGGACUCAUGGGAGAUAAUAUACUCACACACUUCCUGUCCAGCUUCAUCGCUGGAGGUUGUGCGACGUUCCUCUGCCAGCCGCUGGAUGUAAUAAAGACGAGAUUAAUGAACUCUAAAGGAGAAUACAGAGGUGUGAUUCACUGCCUGACUGAAACUGCCAAACUGGGACCCCUAGCCUUCUACAAGGGUUUAGUUCCGGCCGGGAUCCGCUUGAUUCCUCACACGGUCCUGACCUUCGUCUUCCUGGAGCAGCUGAGGAAAUACUUCGGCAUCCGCGUGGUCAGCUGAACUUUGACCUCUUGACCCUUUCCCUUUGGCCUCCUCUUGAAGCUGCUCUCACUUCCACAAUAUUAUUUCUGGAAAAUCUCACAUUACACAGUCAUAACCAACUCCACAAUGCAGCCGGACCAACAUAACGAAAGAUGAUUCCUCACUAUCCCGAGUGCCAACCCGUCAUAACGCUCAUCUGACAGGAGAGCGGGAUCUUCUGGGAAUAAAUGACUGUACGCUCAUCUCUUCAGGGUGAGCUUUAGAUUAUAGAUGUUAUCUAUCAGGAUAGAUAUGGGUUUUUUUUUUGUUAAUGAUAUGAUGCUUCUGAUUUUAUUUUAUUUUUUAUGCUGUUCUUAAAUCCUUCUUCUUUUGCAACGUGAUGAGACGUUUUAAAGAGUUCAGUCAUUAUAUCAUAACUUACUCACCUGUAUGUUGUUCCAAACCUGUACAAUGUUCUUUAUGCUCAGCAUCUGUUUUGUUUUCCUCUGAAUAGUCACUCUUUCCAUUUAUUAACGUGUUUUGUUAGGGUGAGUGAAAUUAUGACAGAAUUUUCAUUUUCGCUGAACUGUUCCUUUAAGACACAAACAAAACGGUCCAUAUUGCUUUAAGGUUUUUAAACGGUUGCAUUCAGUCUGUAUGUAUUGUGCUAAACUGUUUUAAUGUACAAAUUCUGUGUUUUCGACUGGUUGCUGGGUUCGAUUGACACUUGACAGAAGGGUCAGGGGUCACAGAAAAGCUAUGAGGGGACAGAAUUAUACCAAGUUUUACUUUUAUAACCAAAUUGUGAAGCAUCACAGAAGAAAAUAAAACCAGAAACAACUGACUGAUGGGGACCCAGCUGUGUAUCUGCAAUGUGAAAGACGAGUCAAACUUCUGCACUUAGUGCUAUGCUUUCAGUUUUCAUUAUAUUCCUGUUCUUUUUGUAAUAUUUCUGCUGGAAAACUUACGAUCGGCACGGAUCUGUGACUGAAAUAUUGUCAGAUCUACUGUAGUUUCUGCAAAUGUGCAUGUAGUUGUUUUAGUGUUGAGGUAAUGGGGGCGUUUAGUGAAAAAGUUGCACAAAAUACUUGUAGUAAUUCAGUUUUGUGCUUUGGUCCCGAGAAUAUCCGGACUUAUCCUAAACUAAGCGUAUAAUAACACAACAAUUAUCUCAAAUUUACUUUAAACUUAAUAUUUUAGAUUGCGUUGGUAUAUGACCAUAUUGGUAUAUGCUUAAAAAAGGGCUUUUUAAAUGAUUUUACACUAAGAAUGAACACUGGAGAAGCCUUAUCUAUUGGUGUCCAGCAGAGCCGCUUGUGUGCAUCGAGGGUUUGCAAGCGAGUUUAUGUGGGUGCUAACAGUUUGUUUGCUUGUUUGUUUUUCUAAAAAAAUUUUGUAAUUUAGGGUUUGAAAAUGGAGGGUUGAACUGGUUGUUGUCAAUGUUGUCUCAUCAGAACGGUAUUUUGUCUGAAAUGGAAAUGUAUGGAAAUAAAUGUACUAACACAAGAA